CUUCCCUCCAGCAGGACAGGGUACGACGAGAUGACGACCCCGCCCAAGGUAGACGUCGGCCUCAAGGAGACCUUGGGGGACGCGGUCGACGCUUCCUCCCACCUCCAGGCUGCUAUCCGCGCCGACGACCAGGACGAGAUCGCCCUCGCGGCUUCCCGCUUCAACGCGCCGGUCAAGGCCAUGGGUCUCGUGCAAUGGAUCGUGGACGCGAAGAAGCUCGGCGAUGCGACGACGCUGCUCACACGCCUCCGCAUCCUCGACAAGAUGCUCACGCAGACGAGCUUCGCGCUGUCGAACAUGCCCCCCGCGCUGACGGACGACCAAGUCGUGGCCCGGGCGAGCAGUGGGUCGGCGCUUGUCGGUCAUUGCUUUGGGUUUGCAAGCCCCGCCAAGGGCGUCGAGACAGCGAUCUUGCAGCCACCAACCAAAUGCCAACUGGACGCACCUGUCCUCGGCACGGAAAUCCGAGACGCAUGGUUUAACGAUGUGACCGCUGUCACCUCUUUUCGAGCGGCAAUAGCCGAGUCGGGCCGAACAGCGGUCGUCGACUCCAAGGCGUAUCUCGGUGACACGCUUCCUCCGCGCUGCUCGUCCGUUGCGCAUGUGACGUACGCGUUCGUCCCGAUGAAGUCGUUUUGCUUGGACGUGACCACGAUCGCGCUCUCGGAGAAAGCGCUUGCUGACGCCAGAGAUGUGACGAGCGUCGAGGCCGCCAUGGACUUUCUGUGCGACUAUGGGUCGCACGUGCAUGUUGGCGUCUUUCACGUCGGUGGCAUCUUGUGGAAGACUGUGCAUGUCAAGGCGACGUCGGAAGCGGCCGUUCAUUCCAUGAAGGCCGCUUGCCCGAAUCCGGCGACCCGCGACCUCUCUAUCAGCUACAGCGACUUCACGUUUCAGCGUGGGCUCGACACGAUCGAAAGCACGCUCUUUGACGCGGCCAAGACGCCGUGUGAAAUCACGACACGCAUCGAGUGCACGGGCCCCGACGCGGCCAGCUAUCCGAUCUUCCAGCAAUGGCUGGUCGCUGAUCGCUCGACAUGGCACGUCAUUGACCGCCCGGCGAAGCGGGUCGGUGUCUGGGACCUCCUUGCACAUGCUGGUCUCGAGCGCGCCUCGCCACUCGUGCGUCGAGCGUGGCUGGAACUUGUCGAGUCGACGCGUGAAGCAAGCGCGGACGUUGUCGCCGCCGUGCGUGAUGUGUACGUCGACAUGUGGCUGCACAACCCUGCGUUCGGCACCGAUGCCAAGCACAUGCCUAUCGCCAGCGCCGACGAUGCUGUCCGGACGACAAACGCGCAGCUCGACGCUUUAGCCCAAGCCAAUGUUGAAGCCAGUGCGGUGGUGGACAUCUUCUUGCUCGCGCUUCGCUUGGACUCGACCUUUGCCUUGACGCUGACGCUCGACUGCCUCCGUGACCAGCGCAUGCACGACGCUUUGCGCCGGCUCGUCGCGCGCAACGAUAUUAUGGCGAUGGUCGAGCUUGGCGUCAUGUACCACCACGUCCUUGAUGUGCUGCUCAUGCAGAUGGCCACUGCGUUCGACGUGACGUUGCUUGGGGCGCUGAAACGUGCUGCGCAGCUGGCGCAACUCGAAACCAUAGCGGGCAAGUUGACGACAUCCAUUUUUGAGUGGAACGUGCCGCAUCUGGACGUGCGCGAUGUCCCCAUCGCCGUGAGAAUUGUCCUCAAUGCCUUCCGUGCCUCGUCGAUGCCCGACUGGUCGCUUCUCACCCAUCGCAUCGGAGAGCUCCUCCUUGCCAGCCUCGCAGCAGCAUCGACUCCCACGCUCGCAGCACUUUGGGGCGUCGCCCAUCGGUAUGGCUGUCGGGAGGGCGGCUUUGAGACAAAUCUCAACCAAGAACACAUACAAAUGAUGGCCGAAGCGAUGCUAGAAGCGCUUGACAACGGAGCAAAGGCGGCCGCCGACAGCUCGGACGAUGAGGCGGUCGUGCAUCCGUCACUUGUACCAAGCGCCGAUCAACACGCACCCGUUGCUGGUAAUCAUGGGCAAAACACGAGUCAACACCCGAUGAGCCACCUCUUGACGGUCGUCUCCAAGCCCGACAAGACGACGGACCUCCCCGGGCUCAUUUGGUACACGCUCAAGCACCGUCUGAGCCUCGUCAAGGAGCUUUACAGCUCUGCCUCGGGUGCCAAGGGCAAGCGUGUCGCGCGUCGCGCGUCCGCGCGAGACGAAGCACCGCAAGGCCCCGCUGUGUUUGACGCGCUCUUGACGCUGGUGGACUCGCUGACGCCGACGGCGCGCGCCGAGGUGUACCGUCUCCUUCUUGACCGGCGCUGCCUCGUGCCGUUUCUCGUGCCGUCGAGCGACUUUGGCUUUCGGUCGGAAGCGAGCGCAUUGAGCCUCGUCGAGACGCUCCUCUUGCGAGGCAAGGCGUCGCUCAUGCGCGAGACGUCUGUCAAGCGCGUUGCAGUCGUCUCGGAGCGCGCAACAAGAAGCAGCGCGACCAAAGACUGGAUCAAGAACGUCUUUCACGUCGACUCGGUGCACUGUCUCGACCGCACCAACGGCAACAACGUCACGAACCUCCCGGUCGUUGCCGAGCUCGGCUGGGGCUUUGUCGAAGAGAACACCGUGUACACUACGGUCAUGGUGCUGCACGUCAUUGGCGACUACACGCUCUUGGAGUCGUUCAUUGGGCAGUUUGCCGACGUGUUGGUGAUCGACACGGGGGCUGCGCCAGCGCGGAUGACGCUGCCCCAAGGCACGGUGUUGCACUGGCGCCUCGCAGAAGACGACGAAGACGACCAAGUUCUCGGCGACGAUGGCAAGGUUCUGACAGUGGGGCUCGCGAGUCCCAUGAGCUCUUCGUACGAGCGCAUCACCGCGUACAUCCUCGAGGACGACGAGGGCGAGACGCCGCCGACGCGAUGUACCGUCGACAAUCUGCCGCUGCCAUACGACGUAAAGUCGGACUCUCGCUUGCCGCAACACACUGAGAACAUUUUGGCGGCGACGGACUUUGCGACGCUCCGCACGGACGUUCUGCAGCUCCAGCAGCGCUUUGCGUACGAGUCGGCGCUGCGCAUCGAACUCCAGCGCGAGACAAACCCGCCUAGCCAAGAAGUGCUGCGGCAGAAGAUCCAGAGAAGCGAAGCUGAGCACAAGAAGCUCUUUCGCAACGUCGCUCGUGCUCUGUUGCUCGUCUACUUUCAGCGGAUUCUUGAGCAUCCGUCAGCGGUAGUGCGCGAGAUGCUUGUCAUUGACCUUGAACGUCGGCUCGCCGAGUGCUGCAACGCCGUGGCCGCGACGGCGCAGGCAGAGUGUGGCCAAGCCUUUGCCGCCUGCAGCGAAGUCGACAACGAGGCGACGCGCUCGGCGUAUGCGUCGGCUCUCGAAAAGUGGAGCAACAUGGUCACGGGCCUCGAGCAUCUCUGGCGCGAGCUCUCGCACAUCUAUACGGCUAACCAAGAAGUGUACGCGAUAUUACCGCAGCUCGCCGUGCAGCAUCUUCUCGACGGCUUCCCGCUCGAGCUCAUGGACGGCGACGCCGGCAUGGUCAACGACAAGUGGAUCCGCGCCGUGUUGCGCUCUCUGGACGAUACGCUGCCGACAGGCGCUCGCGUCUUUGUGCUCUCGGUCAUGGGCGUCCAGUCCUCGGGCAAGUCGACGCUGCUCAACUCGAUGUUCGGUGUUCGCCUUCGGACGAGCGUUGCGCGGUGCACGCGCGGUGUGAACCUCCAGCUGCUCGCUUGCAACAACUGCGACGACUAUGACUACGUCUUGCUCCUCGACACGGAAGGCAUCCAGUCGCCCGAGUACGUUGGUGUGGAAGGCACGGUCUGGCGCGACAACCGCAUGGCGUCGGUGGCCAUCUUGCCGGCGGACGCGACCAUCAUCUUGACGAAAGGCGAAGCGACCAACACGAUUAACGACGUGCUGCCGAUCGUGCUCUCGGUGUUUGCCAACUCGGAGCUGGCGGCGGCUUCGGGCGGUCAUCUUAUGUCCAAGCUCUACUUUGCGUUCAACCAGAUUGACGUGUCGCAGACGAGCAACAUGGCGUCGAGUCUCCGGGCGCUCCUCGACAGUCUUCGCAGCAGCGCCAAGCAGAUUGCGGCCGUGCGGCAGACCGAGACGGCCACUUUUUUGCGCGACUUUCGCGCCGACAUGAACGACGAGGCAGGCAGCGACGUCCGAUUCCUCGGCAUGACGCAAGGCCAAACGACGCCGCCAAACGACGUGCCGCUGCCCGACUUUGGCGAGCGCCUCGUUCGGUUCCGCGACCACAUGCACACCCGCGCCAUUGAAAGCCAGUGGCAGGCACGCACGAUUUCCGAGCUCAGCGAGAGCUUGGACCUUGUCUGGACGUGUCUCCAAAGCGCCAAUUUUGAGCUCGACUUUGCGUCGGCGCACGAGCGCGUCGUGUACGAUCGGCUUGUGCAGAUGAUGACAGAGCACACGCAAGAGCUCGCCAAGAUUUACAGCGACGCCUUUGACAAUGUGCUGCAGACGAUGAGCGCCGACAGCGCGGCUGAGAAGACGCUCGACGCGAGCAACCGUCGCAAGUACGAGACGCUUUUGGAGCACCACGUGGAGUCGCACGUGGCGACGCUCGAGGCAGUCGUCGCGACGUCGCUGAACCAAGAUGCGUUUGCCAAGUGGGCAACGACGAUGCUGGAGGGUUGGGUCGUCAAGAAGCAGCGCCAAGCGGCGCACUCGGCGCGCCUUGUCCAGUCCAAGGUCCAGCACCUCUUUGAGUACGACGCCAUCACCAAGGUGUACAAGGAAGAGAUCCAAGCAACUAUCGUCGAUCACAACGCACGUUUUGGCCCCGAAGCGACGAUGCAGGCGUUCGACACCAUCUUCAAUGAAGUCUUGACGCGCGCGUCCAAGAAGAUGCCCUCGCUUUCGAGCCAAGUCCCCAAGCUCGUGCAUGCAGUCAUUUACGACAACCAUGUCUUUACGCCGGACGAGCUCGCGCACCUCAGCCACGACAACAACGACAAGCAAGGCUGGGCGGUUGCGCUCAAACGUAUGAUUUUCUCGAGUUCAGAUAAGCAAUCCGAGCCGUCGCGUCAAGACAAGGUGGUCGACAUGGUGUGCGAUCGCGUGCGCAGUUUGCUUGCCGAGGUUGACCGCUACUCGGAUGAAGCUGCGCUUACGUGUGCGCUGAAUGUCAAGCGUCUGCUUUCGACAAAGUCGUUGAAGCCGCCGGAGCUCAAGGCCGGCCUUCGAGCACUUGUCGCGACGCUCAAAGACGAGCUCCAAAAGCGCCAGGAACGUUGGGACAAGGCCAACAGUGUCGUCGCCAAGUUUGAGGCGUACCGGCCGACCUUGCACCGGUUUGCGUGCAGUGUCUGCGAGGGCCAGAAGGCUGCGCAGCUGCUCUCGACGACGCUGAACGAGUGGCUUGGCCUCAACUUGACCAAGGCGUUUGAAGAAGAGGUAGUGAGCGCAGUGGCCUCGGCGCUCAAGCACGCUCGCUGGGUGCGCGCCGCUGACGCGAUGCAAGCUGCCUUGGACCAAGAUCUUCUUCAGCAUAUGCGCCAGAAGGAUGUCCGUACGGUGCUGGACCUCAUCGAUCGCCCCAAAGAGCACGCAGAGGACGUCAUGAGCCGCCUCGUCGUGAUCAAGGUCAAGGAGUGCUACCUUGGCGUGGCAAAGAAGCUCUUGCGUGAUGUCGAAGAGAGCCUUGUGAGCGCAAGUGCCAUUGCUGCCAGCGCCGUCAGCAAACGCAGCGAGUGCUUUGUCCACCAGCUGCGCCUCACGCUUCAGUGUCGCCUCAAGUGCAGUGGCACGAGCGCGCUCAUCGAGAGCUUACCAGCCGUCGCGGGCGACGUCAUGAACUGCGACGAUCAAGGGCCUUCGGUUUUUGCGCUUCCGGCCAACCAAGACGGACUCAACGUCACGCAUGCUCUUUUGACGCAUCUUGCCACUCUUACGGCUCAUCUGGGCCCCUCGACGCAAUGGAGCUCGACGAUGGCCGACAAGGUCGUGAACGUCAUCCAGAACGAAGCGUACGGCGCGGUGGACGGGAUCAUGCCACGCUGUGGGGCGCCGUGCCCACGUUGCCGUUGCCCAUGCACCAAGGCGAUGGGCCAUGCAUCCACGAAACACGACGCCCUCCACGACACGUACCACCAACCGGAAGGCCUAGUUGGUGUUUAUACGUUACGCUCGCACGAGCUUGUGUACCGAAGCUGUGCGACGUGUGUCGUCGAUGAUAUCGGCAUGUAUUUCGCGAGCGGAAGCCGACCGUACAAGGAGUUUGAGGACGUGUACCCUGGGUGGGCGUUGCCGCGCGUGACCAAGUUUCUGCCGUUGCGCGAGUACGUCUUUGCACAAUGCCAGUCCGAGCUCUCGCAACAAUUCAACAAGCUCAAGUGCACCACGAUUCCGGCCUCGUACAGCCACAACCUCGAGGACAUUGAGGACGACAUCGUGCGUCUUCUUCGCUAACUUCUACGAAUAUACAACGUGCAACGCGAUAUA